UGUACGUCGCAGAGCAAUCCAUAUCAUACUAUCUACCCGUUCUUGAAAAUGGACAUCUCUCAACUUCUCCAGUCUUUGAAAUCGGUCACUUCAUCCGGUCGGCUCGAUGUAGAUGAGCAACAGCGGGCACAACUGUCUCAAGCAUGCGAUCAGUUGAAAGGUCUCUGUGAAUCUCCAUUGGAGAAGACAAUUAAGCUUCUUUUUGCUGGCCACCAAGCAAUGGCAAUUCGCUUGGGCGCUGACCUCAAGCUCUUUGAUGCCAUCGCCAAUCGUUCAUCAGAGCAGGAAGGUGGCAGGUUUACUGUGAGCCAGAUAGCUAAAGAUGUCAAGGCAGAUCCUAAGCUUGUCGGGAGAAUCAUGAGAUUCCUAGCGUCAAUGGAGAUCCUGAAGCAAAUAUCUCCUGAUACUUAUUCUUCUACACCAUUUGCCGUGGCCUAUGUCUCGGCAUCUCCACUAUCAGCAGCGGUGAUUCAUUUCACUCACUUCCACACCAUCAUCUCUCGGCUCCCCGAAUAUUUCGAACAAAAAGGCUGGGAUAAUCCAGGUGACGUCGAUGAUGCCCCAUUCCAGGUAGCCAUAGGUGCCAAGUCUCGUUAUUUCGACUAUCUAUCUUCCAAGCCAUAUUACCAAAACGCCUUCAACACGGUGAUGGCAUCAUCAUACCGUCGCGGCGAAGAAAGCUGGUUUGAAUUCUUCCCUGUCGAAGAAAAGCUGCAUGUUCAAGAUCCCUCAUCCGUUCUGCUGGUUGAUGUCGGAGGCUGCCACGGAAAAGACCUGCAAAUCUUCCACGAGAAGUUCCCCAGUCUACAAGGCAGACUUAUCCUUCAGGACUUGCCACAUGUCAUCGAAACAGGAGAUAUACCCGCCGGUAUUGAAGCGCAGGGAUAUAGCUUCUUCGAUGAGCAACCCAUAAAAAGAGCGAAAGCCUACUAUCUUCGCAAUGUGCUCCAUGACUGGCCGGAUAAGCAGGUUGUGCAGAUUUUAUCCAGAAUCCGUGAGGCCAUGAGUCCUAAUUCACUUUUGUUGAUUGAGGAAAAGGCUAUGCCGGAGAUGAACGUUCCGUUGAUGGCUGCUAUUGGUGAUAUGAGCAUGAUGGUGUCUUUUGCGGCGGCAGAGCGUACGAAGAAUGAGUAUGAGAGCUUGCUGGAUGAGGCGGGUCUGGUAUUAUCUGGUUUUUGGAAGCCGCAAGGGGCAUCUGCUAUGCAGCCUGCUCUUUUUGAGGCCAGAAUAAGGUAG